GCUGUUUCUUGUGUUAUGAAAAACUCCUGAAUGAAAUGUUGGGUAACUUGCUGCUUCCCUCUGCGUUAUACAAGACCAUGUGGAUCACCGAGAAACGGCUGCACGUGUAGUUUUGCCAGAUAGAUAUACAAAAAGUAUUUUUGACUGAAGAAAGACAGGACAACAUGGCAAAGCGGAAAAACUGUGGACAGACGGAGGCCGAUACAAAGAAACAGAAGCAGGUGCUGAAAACAGAGAAGAGCGGAGCCAAGGCGAGACCAAAGAGGAAAGAUGCAGGUAACGACCUCAGUGAGAAGGAGGAAAAGCUUGUGAGGAAGGUCGAUGCCAAACCACGUUCGUCCUCAAAGCGAGCACCGAGGAGCGCUUCUAACUCCAAACCCAAAGCCAGCUCUGACGUCAAAACCAGCAAAUACUUCCAGUCGGUGACGAAGGAGGAGGUUAACAGCGAAGACGAGUUUGACGGGCUAACCUCGCCACCCCCUGUCGUUGAAGUGAGCGUCAAGGAGCAAAACGAAGAAGAAAACGAGGAGGAGGACGACGACAGUGAGGAUGAGGAUGACUGGGAGGAAGUGGAAGAGCUCGAUGGCCCGUUGGGUCAACCGGAACCAGCCGAGCCCGUCCUGCCCGCUCAGCCUGUCGAGAUCGAGAUCGAAACCGCUGAAGUCAGAAAGCGGAAGAAGAGGAAAGAAGAGUUUGACAUUUACCUGAGGCGGAUGAUGAAGCGGUAUAAUAAGGACAUGCUGAUGGACACUCACAAGGUCCACCUCUUGUGCCUCAUCGCCAACGGGAUGUUCCGUAACAGCCUGUGCAGCGAACCGGACCUGGUGGCCGUCACUCUCUCUCUGCUACCCCGCCACUUCUGCAUGGUCGCCAAGGAGCGCAUGGACCAAAACUACCUCUCUGGGCUGCUCAAAUGGUUUAGCGCUACGUUCACCCUCAACCCUCUGCUCCCCUGUGAAGAGCGUCCAGACCUGCGGGUCCUCCUGGAAAGGCGGCUGGCGAGCCUCUCAGCCAGGGACCACCAGGAGAUGACCCAUCUCUUCCUUCUGGUGCUGAGGUCUCUGCAGCUCUUCUGCCGUCUGGUUCUUUCUUUGCAGCCGAUUCCUUUCAAACCCUCAUCAGCCAAGUGCAAAACAGCUCGAACUUCAACUGGUGGCCCAAAAAAGGGUCAGACGAGCCAGGAGAUGCUCAAGACCAACUCCACGGGGUCGGCGGUCCCUCAGGGCACCAAGAGACCCGCUGGAGAAGGAAAAACAAAGGGGAGCAGGGGUGGAAAAGGGGUGAAAAAGAGAAAAGUGAAAGAGGAGGAAGAGGAGAAGCCUGCGCCUUCAGGAGGGCAGAGACCCAAGAACUCAAAGAGGCGAAGCGUGGCCUCCAAGGUCAGCUACAAGGAAGAGAGCAACACUGAAGGGGAAGAGGAGGAGCUCAGCGACGGGGAAGAAUUUCAGGCAACCGAGGAGGACGACAGUGAGGAUUCAGAGAAUGAAGCCAAGUCUAAAAAGGGGGGAACGGGGAAGGAGAAGAGCAAAGGCAAGGGCACCGGCAACAGAAAUACAGUGAAUCCAAGGAGAAACAGUGGUGGUAGUAAAAAAGAGGUGAAAGAUGAGAAGGACGCUGAGUGGGUGGAAGGAAAUGGAGAUGAUGAAGAUGAAAACGUGAGCAAUGGAACGAAAAGAAGCGGCGUGAAGAAGAGCGCGGGGCCUGGAAUGGACGAGUGGUUGGAGGUUUACCUGGAAAAAACAUCUUCCUGGGUCUGCGUGGACGUGGAGCACGGCGUUGGGAGGCCUCAACUCUGCUCUAAGAAGGCUACGGCGCCGGUGACGUACGUGGUGGCGGUGGAUGCAAACGGGGCUCUGAAGGACCUGGGAAGAAAGUACGACCCUACCUGGAUGACGUCGUCCCGGAAGAGGCGGGUGGAAGACGACUGGUGGGAGGACACGCUCCAGCCGUUCUUGGGACCUGAAGAUGAAAAGGACGUGAAAGAGGAGAAGGAGCUCCAGAAUAAACUUCUGAACAAACCUCUGCCCACGUCCGUAGCCGAGUACAAGAACCACCCCCUGUAUGUUUUAAAGAGACACCUGCUGAAGUACGAGGCCCUGUACCCCGCUACGGCUGCCGUGCUGGGAUACUGCCGCGGAGAGCCGGUUUACUCCAGGGACUGCGUGCACACCCUUCACUCCAAAGAUACCUGGCUGAAAGAAGCCCGAACUGUCCGACUGGGAGAGGAGCCGUUCAAGAUGGUUAAGGGCUUCUCCAAUCGCUCACGAAAGGCCCGGAUGCUGGCUGAGACGAAGGAAGCGAACGACUUGCCUCUGUUUGGAGAUUGGCAAACCGAAGAGUACCAACCGCCCUUAGCUGUGGACGGGAAGGUUCCCCGUAACGAGUACGGUAACGUGUACCUGUUUAAGGCGUGCAUGUUGCCGGUGGGCUGCAUCCAUCUCCGGCUGCCCAACCUGAACCGAGUGGCCAGGAAGCUCAACAUCGACGCCGUGCCUGCAGUUACAGGCUUCGACUACCAUGGAGGAUACUCGCAUGCCGUGACUGAUGGCUACAUCGUGUGUGAGGAGGAUGAGGAGAUUCUCAGAGCCGCCUGGGUGGAAGAACAAGAGAUCCAGAAACAGAAAGAGAAAGAGAAAAAAGAAAAAAGAGUGCUUGCCAACUGGACUUUACUGGUGAAGGGACUGCUGAUCAGAGAGAGGCUGAAGCAGCGCUACAGCAAGAAGAGCCAUGGGCUGGGGAGCCUGGCACACGGGGACGGGACCGGGGGCUUCUCUUCCGACGAGGACGGGGGGGAAGGUGGCGGUCCCGCAGCCAAGACGGCAUCCGAGACUCUGGCUAUGUCCUGGCCCCAAAACAGACAAAUAGAGGAGGAGGAUGGGAGCGGUAGCCAGUUGAAGAAGAAGACGACAAAACGAGGAAAGAAGGGUCAGGAGAAACAUUUACUUCCCUUUGAGAAAGUGUAAAGACAAUAAAUCAAAGCCAAAACUGCUGUCAAUGAUUUGGGCAAAGACUGAUUACAUAUACCACUGCUGUCAACAAAGCACGUGACUGAAUAUGCUCACAAACCUUCAGACCGGGAUUCAGGGAUCCUCGGGACCAGAUGCAACAGAUCUGAUGUCAGUUUUUGCUAAAACUGGUCAGAGUGUGAGUGCAGAAGAUGUGAAGAGAAGAACGUUUCUCCAUUCACCUAAACCAGCUUCGUUGCCACCGCUGCUGAACAGAUUCCUCUAAUCUGCUGUACUGUUAUCUUUAUUAUGUGAGAACUUCAUAGCACACAUAAAUGGUGACUAUCCAAUCACCAACGAUGCUGUGGAAACAAACACCUCAACAUGGAUGUGUUUGCGCAGCCAUACAUAAAAUCACGACUGAUAAUUUGACCUCUUUGCUCCCUGAUUUGACCAGUACAGUACUGGUUUGAGCUGGUUUGAGCUGGAGGAUCUUUCCUCGGUCCCAUGAUGCGGACUGAAACUGAUGGCUCUCUGAACAAGUAAGCACGAUAUGCUGUGUCAACAUGGUAGCAGUCCAUCAACCUGAACCACUUCACAUUUAACGUUGCUCACAUUCUGCAGUAUCUGUAUAUGUGGACAGGAUCUUUCAAACACAACCAUUGCCACCGGCUACACUAGGCUUCAUGAAUCCUCUCUAAAGACUGAUAUUUGUUUCUGUUGAAAAUGUUUUAAUCCCAGGUUGCCCUAUUGGUCAGUUUUUUUCUUAACCACCAUGUUCACGUAUCUUCUUUAAGACUUUGUAAAGUGUUUUUUUAUCUAGCACUUAUGGAUAAUUUAAUUCUUUAACUAAAACCGCACUUGGAAGACGUUUAUAUCUCGCCGUUGAAUCUCAAGUUGUCACCAGUGCUUCCUUUACUCCUUUUUAAAAUGUUUUGUGAUUACGCUGCUACAUCUUUGUUGUUUUUCACCUCCCACAUCUGUGUGUUCUCUGUCACUUUUAACACCGUUUCACCACUUUAUACUGUGUACUAUGUGUGUUUAUGCACAGUUCAUGACUACAUUUAAAUAGUUAAUAUUUGUAUGGAAAGUAUUUUUGUAAGAAUGAGGAGUAAAAUGCAAA